AUGUUCACAUUUAAAUCGUUACGCGCUGACUACGGCCAAAAAGCAACCCUGCUAGCGAAACGGUACGUCAACUUAACCCGGGAUGUGUCAACCUACAAGAAACACCUCUCCUUCACGAAGACGUGCCAGGACCUGAACGUGAUACCACGCAGCGUACGCCUCAAGCGCCUGGCCCACACGCCGGAAGGAAACAACGUCGUGGCACAAGCCGAACGCCGCCUCGUGAAAGCCCGAGUACACGAAUGCCACAACAUCAUCAGGAAGAAGGAACUGGACUUAUACUUCCUCCGCAGACAACUGGAAUACCAGAUGCCCGACGUAUUCGGGUCCCUGGAUACAUUCGCAAGAAACGUCGCCGCAACCACAGACCAAAUCAAACAAACAGCCCUAAAGAGUAAACUCGCAGCACUGAAGAACAGCAAGGAGCCCCGGAACGACAGCAGGACCACCAAAAGCGUCGUCAAUCUGUCAUCAAGACAACUAUCCGAGCAUGAGGCAAGCGUUCUGUCUAAAGGACACAAUUUCAAUACAACUACUCCGCCACCUCUGCCACAGAUCAUCGCAGCUGUUGAAUAUGGCAUACAACACAUAGACAGCGAUUCAAGAGACAACGUAAGACUCAAAGCCAUUGGAAUCCUCUCGAAGCUACCAGCUCGACCACGAGGGAACCUUACAAAACCUGAAAAAGAAGCACUUCAAGAACUCCGAAAAGACUCAACCAUAACCAUCCUACCAGCAGACAAAGGUAACUCGACAGUUAUACUUGAUCGGAAAUCCUAUGAGGACAAGAUAAAAAACCUGCUGAACAACCCUGAAUACGUGAAACUCACGAAAGACCCCACACCCAGGAUUCAACGAGAGCUAAACAAGCUAUUGGCUGACAUUUUCAAAGACCACCCAGAAUCAAGAACGCUGUACUUGCGCCUCAUAUGCAGAAACGGUUCCGCGCCGGGAUUCUACGGCCUUCCAAAGAUACACAAAUCGGGGAUACCGCUACGUCCGAUAGUUGACUUUAGAACAUCCCCACUUCGCAUGCUGUCCGAACAUCUACACAGGACCCUAUAA